AUGGAUCAACCUGCUCAUUUUCAAAAUCAAGAUUCUCUUAUAAUAGAAGGCGAUGAAAUCAUAAAGACUGACACCGAUUCAGAUUCAAAUACCGAAGCGGCUGUUCCUUGUUACUGGCAAUCCGCAAUUUUUACAAAGAACGAUCAAUUCAUGGUGAAUAGAAUUGAAGAAGGAACCAGAGAUUACGUGAAUGUGAAAAGGAGUUUCGUCAAUGGAAUGAGGAAUUUCGACAAGCACAUUGAAGUCGUUGCGAUUCACCGGAGGAAUUAUCAAUCGAGUGUGAUCGACGAAGCUCGCCUGGAAGCGUUUAGGGUUUUUGCGGCAGCAGUUGCGAGCAGAAACGGCGGAGAUCCGAAUAUCAAGUUUGGCUGGUAUGGCGGAUCUCGUGAAGAGAUUCGUGAGAUUUUGUUUCAUGGAUUCUGUUCAUUUGAAAACAGAUCGUCGUCGCAUGGCCAUGGUGUUUACUUCUCACCCGCGAACAAUCCAAUAGCGAGUUUGCAUCAUAUCGUUGAUAGGCUGUAAGCAUAAGAUAUAUAAGAACAAGAACCAUAUUCUUCAACUUCAAGAUCAAAGCAUAUACGUUUCAAAAUUGUGAUCUAUGUGAAUUUUGACCUAAACUUCUUCCAUAGUUUUCAAGAUGAUUUUGAUGUAUGAUCUCGCACUUGGAUCUAAGAUCUUGAAUCGAACUUUAGUCGAUCGUUUUCCGACCAAAAUUAGAGAUCGAGUAGGGACGUUUGCAUUGGAAUCGAAUAUAUUAUUCACAAUUUAAAGUUAUUAUACAGUUCGAGAUUUUCAAUUUACUAAUUUUUAUGAUUUUAAUUAAUAUAAAAAAUCCCGAUAUAUAUUAACUUACAAUGUCUUUUCGACUCUUUAACUUACUUUAACUAAUUGUGGAUACCAAUUUUCAAUAUCAUAUAAUAUUUCAUCAAGGUACACAUACAAAGUAGAAAUUGCAUAAAACGUUGACGUAAUUGAUUUUGCUUUGAAGUACUUUUGUGGAUUGGCAUGCAAGUAUGAAACUCAACAUCCAUGCUUAUUAUAAAUAAAUAAUAAACAAUUGCCACGUGGCAUUCCAUUUA